GUCCACACUCGACCUCACGACCGUCGUACUACACCACAAGUUCCAGUCGUGCCAGAGUUCGAGAGUUAUACUUUCUGCUCAAAAGAGGUGGGUGCUGAAGGAGAUAUUAUAGAAAAUGUUUAUUUUUGCAAGCUUUGGUCCUCACACCGUCGUGCAUCAUGAUGCGUGACGGUGAAUGUUAAACUCGAGUUCGCAUGUAGCCUGGUUGCUACUACGAGGGCUAGCUUGUGGCUAGUUUAGCCAGCAUCAAAUAGUCCAUGCCAGAGCAGUGGAUUAAAACACCUUUAAUCCACUGCUCUUGUCCAUGCUAACGUGUAUUGUCAUGAAAGUAAAUAAGGGCCUGCUCUCUCUGUUGGAGCCAAGUUUAAAAGCUGCUAGUUAGGCUAUCCAUUUAAAUUAGAAAAUGAAGCCGAUUUUGAUGCCAGUACUGUUGUUUUUGUUUAUCCAGUGGUAUUUUUUCAUAUAAUUAAAUUUGUGUUUAACUGUAAUUGUCAUAGAUUGUGUUUUCACUAUGUGUGGUAGAAAUGGGACACAUUAGUUGAAUUAUUCCAAUAUUACUUUGUUAAUGCAUUAGCAGUGCUAUAGGAAAUGCCAAUUGUAAAAAUCUAAAAGCAUUGGUAUUGACAUAUCUUUUUUACCAAGAGCAAAAGAUAUUCAUUAUGCAUUAUGUCCUGCUUCACAAGUUGCCAAUUGUACUAAAAAAAAAACAAAAAAACAAUUUUAUAACGGUUGAUCUACAAGCUCACACUGUUAUUAAUAUUAUAAUUGUUCUACUUUCUUUUUUCCGUGUGUUUUCUUUCCAGCCACAUUGAAUAUGGCCUCUAAUUAUUUGAAAGAAGAGCCUGAUAAUCAAGAGGACUACAGUUAUAGUGAAUAUCCAGACACAAGAGUUGAAGAAACCGAGCUUGUUGACUUGGAAUCUCAAACCGGAGAUGAACUGUCAAGCCUAAGAGAGGAUGUGGCAGCUUGGGCUGUAGAAACAAAGCAGACUCACAGUAGUGUUAAUAAGAUGUUGGCGAUCCUCCGCAAACAUGGCCACGAUUUGCCCAAAGAUGGCCGGACACUAUUGCAGACUCCGUGUUUUGUGGACAGUAAAAAAAGUAAGAGUGGCAUAACUAAAGUACAAAAUGUUAUGUAAUGUAUUGUAAUUAUUUAAUCUUAUGGUACUAAAUCAUAUCUUUUCACUAAGAGUUCCAGCGGGCUGUCGUGGAAACACUUUUGGAAAUCCGCGAUGAAUUGAAAUCGCUCAACCAGCAGGGGGACAUUGAAGAUGGGGGUGAGCGGAUACGUCAGUUGCCGUUAAGGACUUUGGAGGAGGAUCAGCGCAUGUCGUUGGAAAUCGAUAGGCACCCCAACAUAAAACGUUCACUGGUAAGUCAAAUAGAGAUGCUAAAAAUCAUACAAAUCUAUAGAUUAGACACUCUUGAUAAUUUGAUUACAUCAUACAGAUAAAACAACUGUCACACCUUGGGGGGAAGGACAUUAAGACCUGCACACGCAAGAUCCUGGACAGGUAUGAAUAUGACAGCAAGACAAUGUUAUUAAUAUAAUCAUGUGUUGUUGGUGUUUAUCAAGUCUUUCUAGUGAAUUGCAAGAGUAAGCAGUAUUAAGGUGUGUUCACACAGGCACUUGCGCAACGGCGGCAAGGGUUUCUCUGACGUUUUAGAGACUUGUUCAGCAAAUAAAGAGCAGCGCUGGACACGGUAUCCGACGAAAUCGAGGGGAAACCUAGAGCGGGCGUGACGCAAUGCGCAACGCGAAUUGACUGUGGCAAAGUGACACAUUUAAGGACACGCGACAGGACAAGUUGCGUUGCCUGUCCGGUGUGAAGCAUCUUAAGAGAUUUAUUUGUCUUUGAUAUCCAUUUCAGAAUUUUACACAAUGACGUGCAGAGGAACUACAACCUCCUGGGUGGAGGACGCCAGGGGAAAAAAAGCUUAAAGAAAACUGCUUUCUUCACAGUUAUUCUUGGUAAAUGAAUUAUAUCUCUGCAAGUUAUUACUUAUUCUUGGUCAUGUUACUGACUCAUUUAAAGCCUGAAGCUGUAAAAAAGUGAAGAAUCCUUCCAGACAUUACUAGAUAAUUUCUACCAUUACUAUGAUUCAAGUUUCUUUUGUUUUUUUCUUUUCGCAGAGUCUGUUCGCAUUAACUUCCCGACAGCAACAGAGGAACUGGUUGCAGCAUCGAUUGGGGACCAUUUGAAACAGGCACCAGCUCGAUGUGGUGGGAGGUGCACCACCAGAACAUCACCCUGCUAAUUUUUUAAAAAUAUACAUCUUAAAAUUAUUAUUAUUUAUAGUUCAUUUCAGUACUUUUGUGUUCUGUUUAUGUACUGUGGUACAAGGCUGCACAAUAUUGGAAAAAACUAACAUUGCGAUUUUUUUCAACCCUGUGAUAUAUAUUGCGAUAUUAAAAAUACAGGAAUUUUCACCAGAUGACCUGAAUAGCAUUUAAUGUUAUGCAGCACCGCUGAAGUCUUGAGGACAGUUAACCUGCUCUGAUCUUACCUCUUUUUGUGAAUGUUAGUAGAAUGGCUUCUGUCUGUCUCAGAGAUAUUUUUAGCUUUUCUUGUUCUGGGACGUUAUUGUGGCAAUGAUUUGGAAACGUGAAGGGGGAGCUGCUGCUGCCCGGUGUUUACGGUAAAUAGACGCAAACACCCACCAGGCGGACACUUCGGUCUCCGAAAACGCCGAGACAAAUCUACAAACAGCCACUAUUUCAAACAACUGGGCUCAUAAUCGUGAUGUAAACACGUACUUUCUCGCUAGAAAAAAUACUAUUAUUGAAUGAAUUUAUAUAAUUUGUCCGGAAUGCAGUCGUUCUGUGUUGCUUGUGGUAGGACUAUUUAAAUUUUCCCGGCGCUGCGUCCGGCCGGCACGAAAUGCAUUCUGGGGUAUUUAGUAUGCAUCUGUAUGUAAACGCUCGGGCAGCCACGGCAUACUCAAAUCAUCUUUGAGUAGUCAGUAUGCAGUAGGUACUGCUUGAGUAGCUAAGUCGAUAUGAGGCAGUAUGCCAUUUCGGACACAGCCAGUGUCUCCCUUUGUCCUGUGCCAGAGUGUCUCGUUUAGUCGUGGUCCUCCAGCCUUCAUGUCCACAGCCUUGCUUGAUAACCACGUUUGUAUUUUUGAUAAUCCUUGUUUCCUCUUUAGGAGAGUGAUUUUCUGUUGUAGUUUUUUCCCUGUUUAGUUUCUAGAUCUAGCUUCUGUUUCAUAGCCUUGUUGCUUUUUUUCCUCCCUUUUGGAGUGACUUUAAUUUCUUACAGUUUUUUCUAGCUUAGGGGUGCAGUGUAGUUAAGUUUGUAGCCUCUUUUUGUUUCCCUCCUUUUGGAGCGUUUUUUUGUUCAUACAUUUUCAUAGUUAUUCCUCUAAAGAUUAGAGAAGAUCAGUUUUCAAAUUUGUCCUCCUUUUUGGAGUGAAUUUUUGUUCAGUCUUGGUUUGUUUUGUUUUUGUGUUUUGUCUGCUUACCAUAACAAUAGAUAUAGAAGGUUUUCAUAGCCUAUUUAUUUAUCACUCAAUCUACUGAGUAAAGUAGACGGUUUUUCAAAAUAAAGCGUUUGUUGAUGUUGGAACCUCUGCGUCUGAGUCCUCCCUUAAACCCAGGCCUGACAAGAAAUAGAUCCUGAAAAAUGAAAACUCAUUCAAAGCAUCUGUCUCUUAUUAGACCUUAAGAUCUGAUUGGUCAAAAAAUGUUUUAAAAUGUCAGAAAAAAUCUCUCUACCUUCAAAAAUCACAGUUUAGUUUUUCCUCCUGUCACCACACUUUCAGGCAGCAGCAGCUGAAUAUUUUACAGGAGAUUGUUUUAUGUUAGAGAAAAGAGUGAGAUCAUAAACUCAGGUUUAAUAAAUGCUUCUUAUUCUGUAUCUUUCAAACAUGAAAUGAUAAAGAAAAUAAAUCUGUGGAGAAGCAGAUGUCUAGCUGUUCUUUAUGUCAGGAUGUCUUGAAGGAUCCAGUCUCUACCUGCUGUGGACACUGGUUCUGCGGACAAUGCCUGGCCUCAUGCAGGGACCAGUCUACUUCUUAAGGAUAUACCUCCUGUCCCAAGUGUGGAAAAAGAACCAGAACAGUUCUUGUCUUUCAGACAGAGAGCCAGUCCAGCGCUGAUCAAAGUAAGUCUGAACAUCUGUGCUUUAAACCCUAAAUUACACAAUUUCCACCUGGAUUAUUUUGCUUAUUUAAGCCUUUUGUUUUUGUUUUUUUGUGAUAAAAAACCUUCAGCAGUGGGGUAUUGUGGAUUUCUAGAUUUAAAAUGAUCUUUAUAAGGUGUAUUUGUAUACUUUUGACUGCCUAUAUGAAAAAGUUUGAAGACAAAUGAGUCCAUUAAAAACUUUAUUUUGUAGAGAAUAACAUAACAAUCAGAACUAAAACUUCAGAUUUACAAUACAACAAGGUUUUAAAUUCACUGGUGGGUCUCGUAAACUUGUGCAGGUUCAUCUUUACUGCUGCAAAAAAAAAAAAAAAACAAAUAUGAGUGUUUGACCCAUAUCACGGCACAUUUUAUUCUAGUGUGCCAAAUUAAUGUCUAAUGGUAUGAUAAUAUGUGUAAGAGUAUUGCAUCAUUAAUUGAUGUUUUAUUUUACAUGUGUGGAGGUGUGUGAUUCACCUUUGGUUUUUGGACAGGAUGAGAGAGUUUAAAGUCUGCUGGGAGCUCAUCCUCAGAAUACUGUCAGAAAAAUACACUCUCCGUAUUCGGAUGUUAGCGUGGAAGGGAAAACAAAGUUAGCCACUGCUAUAGAGAUUAUUCAGAAAACUGAGUGUAGGCGCCUUUUAAGGACUGUUUUUGGGCUGUCUGAGUUUUCUAACCUGCACACGCAGUGUCUCCACAUAAUUAGUCCCAUAGGCUCUCCUUGCGAAGUCUGUUGAACUGGAAUUGGUUCCAGCCAUCCUCCAACCUCAUGGGCAUUGUGCAGAAAAACGGCUUCACUUUUGUCGUGCUUCGGUAGUUGCUAACCCAAAACCGUCUGCGAAAAUUUUGAUCAUCUAGCACCUGAAAGUUACAAAAAUGUAGAGGAAGCAUGAAAAAACAUUCAACUGGUACAAGAAACUCAAGAUUUACUUUAUGUUUAUGUCCCCAGUGAGGAGACGUGUUCUGGGAUAACCUGGACUUCGAAGGUGAAAUACUUCUGGAGGUUCUUAACGAUCAUCACCAGAACAGGAAGCCUGAUGCCCAGUAUCAUCUCAGGGUCUGCAGGGCAUGUUAUAUAGCUGGUGCUGCAGGCGAUCAUUUUAAUAAUAACUUUAUUUAUAUAGCAAAAGUGGAAAAGUGCCUGGAAAGUGAAUUUCGUUCAAAUAGUUUAUAAAAGUUUAUAAGUUUCUGCAAGGUCCUUUGUCUCACCCUGUAGAGAAAGCCACUUCCCAAUACUAGUUCUGUAAGUUUCCCAACGUGUCCUUGUAAAGUCAAGAACAUCUUCACUCUCGACAGAUAGCAGAUGAUAGAUGCAUAUAUCAUCGUUUCGUUCUUUUAUUAUGCACUUUUGAAGGCCGUUUUCUUUUGUUCCUUUUCUUUUCUUCCUCUUCGCUUGUCUCGUUGCGAGAUGCGGUCGUCGCCAUGUUUGUGUAUUUCUGAUACUAUGGCAACGAGACUCGGGCCCUAUUGGUCCACGUGAAAAAAAUCGCUUCACCCCUUGCAUAUUCGAUUGCACGUGUGCAAGUAUCACUACGCCGCAGAAGGGAAAUAGUUCGACACCGAAACACUGAUUACUAAAAAUCGACAGGAUGGCAUGAGUAGAUUUUUUUUUUCAGGUUCAAAUCUUAUUUUUCCACUUUACUUUUUAUUUUUUCACUUACACUACUUUUCAAUACUUUUGAGCCUGAUCUGGCUCCAUAUGAUUUGCCCUGUUGCCUCACAACAAGAAAUUUCUUGGUUAGAAUCUACACCGGAAAGGGUCACAGGAACAUUUGACAUUAGAAACAGAAGCAGAGAUUCUUCUGUUUAAAAAAUUCAACUGUAAUCUACAAAUGUUUUUUUCCCAUGUUCCCUUCUCCAACCAUAUUGACAUGUAACAAACAGAUGAACACAAUUUAUUUAGGUUGCUGUAACAUGCAAUGAGUCAGUCAAAACAACAAUGGUUGUCUUCAUAUUUAAAAAAACAAACAAAAAAACAAGGUGCUGUAACAAAGAGUUUGGUAAGUAAGACUGAGCUUACAGCUUUGUUUGUUUUUUUCUGUUCAAGCACUUUGUAAAUGUCUGUUUUUAAAGGUGCUAUAUAAAUAAAGUUAUUGUUAUUAAAAUGAUCUUUUUUUUCCUUUCUUUUUUGAUGGAUAGCAGGCGCCUGAAUCAAACAGAAUUAAAAUUUUACUUUGGGAGACUUUGUGAUUUGUCAAAUAUUGUAGUAUUGUUGGCAUGGGAUUGCUGUUUAAUUUUGGUGGUUUCUUCACUUCCUCUGUGUCUCAUUAUCAUCUUGUUUAGGGAUAAAAUUAACCAUUAAUAAGCUCUCUGCUUUAGGUCUCAAACAAGAACCCUGCUGCUAUAUUCUCAACUAUUUCUCCUAGUGAAUUUUAGGAGAAACAAAAAAGCAACAACUGAGAAAAAAUUUGAUGAAUAAAAAAACUGAGUAAAAAAAUCCUGACUGAGGGUAUCACAAUUCACAAUUCAAGGAUAAGGGCAAAGCUUUCAUAAAAAUAAAAUUUAAAAACACUCAGAACUUAAUGAUUCAUAUAUAUAAAAACAUACAUUUGUGUACAACAAAUGUAUUUUUGCACAACUAUAAAUUCUUACAGCUGCACACAUACAGUAGUUCUGACAGGUUUUGUACACAACAAUCACAUGUCAAUCAUUUACGUGGUUGAUUCUAGAAGUCCCGCCCCUGCUUAAUUCUGAUUGGUCACGAUAGAUGGCAAGCCCAAAGGUAAUUGUGAUGUCAUCGGAAUCCUCAUAGUAAAUGGAAUAUGAUGAUGUCAUAGGAAUCCUCAAGAUCAAAGCUGUUGUCCAUGACAACGGUGCCAACAUUGUCGCAGCGGUUAAGAUUUUGACCGAAAAGCAUGGAUGGGCAUCAGUGCGAUGUGUAAAAUGUAAAACUUUUGGUUCCUGAUUUAUGCAGUAAAAAUAUUCAUUUGAAAGACCUGGCCUAUUUCAGUUUUGUGUGUUACUGAUGGUUUUUAAUGAGGCAAACGUGAUUCAAUAACCCUAGUGACAUCACUUUCAAAUGUGAUGAUGUCACGGCUUUGAUGACGUCACGGCUUUGAUGUGAUGAUGUCACGGAUUCUAAAGGGAUUUAAAGAGAAGACAAAGGUUUUUAGAAAUAAGUCGUUCAGAAAUAAGCAGAAGUACACAGCCUCAGUACAAACAUUGACUUUAUUUUAGCGUAACAUCAAAAUAACGUCAAAAUGUCGCAGAUUGCAUGGGUCCAAGAACUGAUCCGAGAGUGGGAAGCCACAUUGGAUACUCAAAUUGCAGAGGAGAAGGAGAAAAAAAAGCAUGAAACUCUCGACAAAGAAAGAGACUGUGUUAGGAGAUUUCACAGUCAACUGGAUGCCAUAAAUAUUAGAAAGGAAAAUGAGGAACUAUCGGAACUUCGGCAAGAAAGACAAAAAAUUGCUACAAAAGAAGAAAGGCAGUUCGAAGAGAAGAUGGUGCUUGAUGAUAAGCAAGUUCUGAGAGAACAGCAGGAGCAAUCUCUUCGGAGAAAGGAACUCUGGCGCAGAGUGGGUGAAGAGAAUGAGGAGAUGGGGAAGGAGAAGAGACUGUUGCGAGAGAAGAAGAAGAUUCAGGCUGAGAAAGAGGAGAGAGCUGAACUUCGAGCCCUGGAUGAGUUGUAUGCACAGGAGCAGAAAGAUCAAGCUGAAAAAGAAGCUCAGUUAAAGGCAGCCAACCGUAAACGUCGUCUCGAUGAUAUAGCUGAGAAAAACUUUUAUAAACAACAAAGGGAGCAACAAUCCAUUUUGAAGGAUAGGAAGAGAGAACGUGACCGGUCUGAAAUAGAAGAGCAAUGCUGGCAAAGAAAAGAGUACAUAGAUCCCCGGUUUGUGCAGAGGCAGUUUUGCAUGGAUAAGGUCAGAUGUAUGUUGGAAAAGGAAGAGAAAAAGAAGGAGGAAAGUCGGGCCAGGGAUGAAGAGAAAGUAUGUGAAGAGGCCAAAAAACAAGCAGCGGUGGAACAAAUACAGAAACAAAUACAGAGGGAGAAGAGAGACCAAAUGCUGCAAGCUAUUUCAGCUCACAAAGAAGCGCAGAUGCGUAAAAAGGUGCAGAAGCAGCUGGAGGAGAAGCCGAGAGAUCUUGAGCUGAUUGAGGCCCAGAAAGAGGACAACAGGUUGUACUUUGAAAGGGAAAGCCAGAAAGCUAAAUCUGCGAGGGCAAGAAACAUCAAAGUUUCUGAUGGUAAUGUCAAAUUACACGCACAGAGACGUGCCAUUCAGGAACAGCAGAGAAAGGAGGCCAAGGAAGCUGAAAAAAGGCAAGCAAAAGCUUUAGCUGCUGAGGAGAAAGAGUUCAAAGAGUAUGCUGAGCGUGAAUUACAAAAGGCCCGAGCCUCUGGACGAAUUGUUCUCAACACAAAUAAAGCGCCUUCAAGGCUGGAGAACAAAUGUAAGGAUGAUCGGCCACAGAGCUUUCUCCCACCUAUCAACUCAUCGCCACCUCCUGCAUACAUACACUGCGAAUCUGCUGGAGCAAAGUGCAGAGAAGCUUUGCCGCCAGUUCUCCCACCUGUCGACUCAUCAGAACCUCCUUUCAGACACAUGGACGGACCUACAGCUGCUGAUACAGAGGAACCCUUCUUACUGAGGGGUCGUGCAAAUCCAGUUCUCCCACCUAUCAUCUCAUCAGAACCUCCUUUCAGACACAUUGACAGACCUGCAGUUGCUGGUAAAGGGGAGCCCUUACUGAGGUAUCGUAGGCAGCCAGUUCUCCCACCUGUCGACUCAUCGUCACCUCCUUUCAGACACGUGGUUGGACCUACAGCUGCUAAUACAAGGGAACCCUUACCGAGGUAUAGUACGCGGGAAACCCGUCGAAUCAGACAAAAACAGGAUAGCUUUGCUUUACUCAAAGAUGUCUCGAUAAGCUCUGCCCCAUACAGGGGGGGCUUUACGAAAUAUGAUACUCCAAAAACCUACACCACCCAGAAACUGCAGUUGGCCAAAGACCUGAAGCCCAGUCCCCCACCCCAGCCCAAAAAAAAAACAAAAGUAUUCAGACAAAGGAGGUACAUCCAUCCACAAUGAAUAUAACCAUUGGCUGAUACACUCCUCAUCCCCAGACCACUAACAUAUUCAAACACCUCCAAUUAAUAGCAUUAUUCUGUGCGGUUUUCUCCUGGAUGCUCAGGUUUCUCCCGACAACCAAGUCACACACACACACACACAUAUGUUUAUAUUUGCAUAUGUGUGUAUGUUUGACUGAAAAGUUGAAAAAAAAACUCCCCCCAUCAGUUUAAACAUUGAAAAAAUAAGCACAAAAAAGCACAAGCGUAAAACCACGGCCCACCCUCAGAACUUUAGACUUCCACAGCAGUGCAGCAGCAGCUGUGCUAGACCCCAAGUCCAGCUCAUAACAUUAUUCUCUGGGUUUUCUCCUGGAUGCUCAGGUUUCUUCCCACAAUCAACUCACAUAUACACUCGUAUGUUUUUAUGUGUAUGUGUGAUUAAAAAGAUUUAAAAAAAAAAAAAAACAUGAAUUAAAUGUAUAUUAUCCCCUCCUCGAGCUACCACCUUACCGUGGUGGAGGGGUUUGUGCAUCCCAGUGAUCCCAGGACCUAAGUUGUCGUGGCCUUUAUGCCUCUGGUAGGGUCACCCAUGGCAAACAGAUCCUGGGGAAGGGAUCAGACAAAGGGUAGCUCAAAUAGACCCCUCCUGAGGGAUGAAAUAAUUGGUAUCAAGUUUCCCUUGCCCAGAUGUGGGUCAACACUGAAUUUUUUGUGACAUACAAGUUUUGAAGUUUUUCAAAUGUCUACGGCUCUGUCCUUUUUCUUGUAUGAAUAAAUACUUGAAAAAGGAUUUUUGUUGUAGGUGUGCUCCUUGUAGGUAUAAUAUCACAAUGUUACUGGUAUUAUUUGAAGUCUCUGAAGAAUGUAAUCAUAACUUAACACCCUGGUAGCAGCACCCGCAGCGCUUUCAAAUUUUUUAAUUUUCUAGUUGAUUAUGUUGUGCAGGGUUGAUGGACCUAUGUUUGCUUUGAGUUUUUAAAGAAGAGCAGAUAGUUGCGAUGAUGUCUUUUCUAUUUAUUUCUAUCUAUUUUCUAUUGAUUUACCAAGAAGGUGUUGGAUCAGGGUGCCUCAGUACUUUACUCUUGCGUACUUAACAUCGUAUUCAGGACCAUGAUCCACCUCCUGUCUAUAUGCAUACUCAUCAAACUGUGAUCAGUAUGCAUAUAGAUGGAAGUGGAUCAGCUGCUCUUCUGGUGCAGUCAGAACCAUCUGGAGCUGAACCCAUUCAAGAUGGUGGAGAUGACAGUGGACUUAAAGUGGAGCUCUCCUGCACUCCUCCCCCCUCAGAAUCCUGGACAGCUCACCACUGUCACAUUUCAGGGUAAAGCAAAAGAAGGGAGGACCCAAAACGCAGAACAAAAACAGAUUUAUUUAAAAGGGAACGAAAACAACAAAAACUAACUUCUAAAUGUCCAACUCAAAAAUCCCAAAUCCAAAAACCAUAAGUAUAAGGGAGAGAUACACACACAAUUGCAUCAAAAUAUCCCCUCAGCACUGAUAGCUAUCCGACCUGCAGGGGUGGAGCAAAGACGAAGAGUUAGAUUUUCCAGUGUGCAAAUCAACAACAUCAACGUCAAAGACCCACUCCGAUGAAAAUCAUAUUGUUUUUGUUUUUUACAUAUAUCACAUAUACCAUUUUUCUGAUGCUACAGGGCAUAUCAUAAGAAAAAUAGGUGCGAAAUUUGUUGUGAAUUACCUCCUGAUCCAAAGUACAAGUCUACAUUACCUGCAAAUAUUCAUAUAAAACCACUAAAUUUGCCAACUGAUGGUUAAGGGUCCGGGUUCAAUAAAGGACAAAAGGGCUCUGCAGCAUGAGUGAAUUAGAAGGCCUAAACUGUGAGAAGUGAGCACCACCCAGUGGCAAAUGACUGUAUGUGUUUAGUGACAGAAAAAACUCUGACUUCAGCCUAAUGCUGUUGAGGAAAAUGAAAAUCUCUCAUCUCAAGGGUGUCUGCCUGUCUUAGAAAUUUAAAUUUCAUAUUUAUUGCAGAUACAAUUCAUACUUCUUUGAAGCUCCUAUGAGAGAUUUUUCUUUGUUGAUUUUGUAUUUUUUUUCUCUUUUAAUUCAGAAAGGCACAUCUCCAUCACAUUUACCAUUACACAUGUACAUUAACUCAGUUUAUCAAGGACACAGUGAUGUUGUCCAUACUACCCUUCUGGAACUUUCUCCC